AUGGCUGCGCUGACGAUACAAAGGACCGACAACUUUUUGCACACAUUCUUACAGGACCGGACACCCAGCUCCUCUCCAGAGGGAGCCCCUAACGCCCUCUCCUUCCUGGCCACCACCUGUAGCCAGGCCUGGCAGGUGGGAGGUUCCAUGGGCUCAGAAGGUUCCCAGUUCCCCUACGAGGGCACCGUCAGUUCCGCAUCGGGGAUGUUUCAGCUCUGGAGCAACGAAAUGACGCCCAGCACGGCCCUCAGCACCCACCAGAUGACCUUCACAGUUCCUAAGGUGCAGUUCCCCGGACACAUGCAGUCCGGCCUGGGCCACCACCAUCAUCAUCAUCACCCCCAUCACCACCAUCACCAUGAGCUGCCUCUCACUCCUCCCGCUGAACCUCCCUCAUCGUACUCAUUCGAACUGUCCCCGGUGAAAGUCCUGUCCUCGCAGCAGCAGGCCAGCGGCCCCUAUUACCCUCAGCACAACACUGUGGCACAAAACUUCCCCAGCUUCCUCCAGAACUCCGCCGCCAGGCACCACCUGCCUGGGGGACACGUGGAGGAAGGGCAGCAGUGGUGGAGCCUGCCCCAAACCAACGCCACCCCUUCCAACCACCCCUUCUCCCUGGGCAGACAGCUGGUGUUGGGCCACCAGCCGCAGAUCGCCGCUCUCCUCCAGGGCACCUCCAAGGGGCUGCUGAGCUCGACGCGCCGCUGCCGACGCUGCAAAUGCCCCAACUGCCAGGCGAACGGCGGGGGGCUGGAGUUCGGCAAGAAGAGGCUGCACAUCUGCCACAUCCCGGAGUGUGGCAAGGUGUACAAGAAGACCUCGCACCUGAAGGCGCACCUGCGCUGGCACGCCGGGGAGAGGCCCUUCAUCUGCAACUGGCUCUUCUGCGGGAAGAGCUUCACCCGGUCCGACGAGCUGCAGCGGCACCUGCGCACGCACACGGGGGAGAAGCGCUUCGGGUGCCAGCAGUGCGGCAAGAGGUUCAUGAGGAGCGACCACCUCUCCAAGCACGUGAAGACGCACCAGACCAGGAAGAGCCGGUCCGCGCAGCCCGCACAGAGCACGGACCCCCUGCUCGCCAACAUCAAGAGAGAGUGACCUCCACCAUUCUAAAAGAACCAUCGAUGAACACUCAGUGACUUGCACACUUGCUGCCAUAGGUUUGCACUAUAGAGGGUAAGCAUCCAGCUCCCUGUACACCUCCUCUUGUCAAACCCCCCUUUUUGGACUCCCAGUAGAACCAUGCAAAUAUAUGUAAAGACCAUUUUAAUUCAUAGAAAGUAACGUGUGUGCUGUUUGAGGCAAGCCACCUUUAAAGAGAACUCGAACCCUUCUUUUCAGUGACAUCGAGACUGUUUUUUUCGGUGCAUUCAGUGUACAUUGGACAUUUCAUGAUGCCACACAAACAGAUUUCACUGGAACAAGACAGACUUCAUGCCUUUAACAAUUUCUUUCAAUUUCUGCUGGUGUUGAUAAAUCCAUGCUGUAUAUAUUUUAUCUAUGUGAAGGAUGUUGAGCAAAAAUAUUAUAUUUUGGCCAUAUUUCCAUGUUCAAAAUAAUCGAUUGCCUUAGUACAGUGGAAGGUUGCUGUAAAAACAAUAUAACUUCUGCUCAGAGCGGAAAAAACUGACUGUGUUGCUGUUGGUAAUAAAAUUUUUAUUCCAAAAGAAAAGAAAAAUUCUAAUUUGUCUACUUCAAGCUAAAUAUCUUCCUUUUGAGAUGCAGACAUGCAAGUGUUUGAUCUACAGAUCCUCUCAGCUGCGUGAAGCACCAUUGCUCCAGAUUAGCAAACGUUUAAAGUUCUUUGUAAAAUAUG